UAACAAAACCGCAAAUUUUUUUCUGCUUUAUCGUUUUGAAUGUAAUUGAACUAUUUUUUUCUUAUUAAUUAAAGUGCCAGUUAGUUCAAUUUUUCUAACAACAACGUGAAAUAGCCAUUCAGAAACCUGCGCUAAGUGUUCGCGAGUAAGCGAGUAACAGGUAGGCAGGCAGCCGAAUCUAACCUCACUGUUAUCCGCCGAAAAUCACUGCUUUGUUUUGGUGUUUUUCUCGAAAGGUAAAAACAAGAGAAAACAUGAGAUCUCCGCUGCCUGUGCCUGAAUUUCUCGAGGAGAACAAUCUAUCACUAUCGUUCAAAGAGCCGCACCGCAAGAAUAGAGUUCAACGACCCCCGAAACCACCAAAAUUGCACUCGAAAGUUGAUACCAGUUUCAGUCGUGCGUCCAGCGGUUCCCAGGCUGCCCACGCAAUCUCGUUUAGAAGUGACCGGUCAGAGCUCAGUUCACUUUAUCAGCAUAAUAAACGGGAGUCCUACUACGAGCAGUGCUUUGAGCAAAUCACCAAGGUGGGUGAAGGUUCAUUCGGUGAAGUAUUUAAGGUGAAGAGUAAACAGGAUGGCUGUUUCUAUGCGAUCAAAAAGUCAAAGGAGUUUUUUCGUGGUGAAAACUAUCGACAAGAACGGCUCGAAGAGGUUCGCCGGUAUGAGCAGUUUAGUGAGCACGAAAAUUGUGUUAGGCUGUGCCAAGCUUGGGAGCAAGAUGAUCGACUUUACAUGCAGAUGGAAUUAUGCAAAGGGAAUCUGGAGGACUAUGUUCGAGAACAGCGGUUUAUUCCGGAGGAUAAGAUUUGGUCUAUUCUGCUGGAUUUACUGCUGGGUCUAAAGAGUUUGCACGACCGAAACUUGAUUCACUUGGAUAUAAAGCUAGAUAACAUUUUAAUUACUGAUGACGGUGUUUGUAAGUUGGCGGAUUUUGGAUUGGUUUUGGACUUGAACAGUAGAAAUUUUCAGCAUGCUAGCGAAGGCGAUUCGCGAUAUAUUGCUCCCGAACUACUGGAAGGCAAAUAUACCAAAGCGGUGGACAUAUUCAGUCUUGGCAUUGCAAUUCUUGAGUUGUCGUGCAAUCUGGAGCUUCCUCCUAACGGACCUCUUUGGCAAAGUCUGAGGAGUGGGGCACUACCGGCGGAACUUCUUUGUCGGCUGUCGAAUGAGCUGCAAUACGUCAUACAGUGGAUGAUGUGCCCAGAGCCCAAAUCGCGGCCUUCGGUCAAUGCUUUGUUAAAGUUUCCUAAAAUAGCAUCUUUGUAUCGGGCGCGGCGACGGUGGCGCCUAUUGCGUAGUGUUCGUUCCUACUUGAAUCGAAAGCUGUGCAAUCUGAGAUUCUUCUUGACGACUUUAGUGAUUUCGUUCGUUAGCUGUCUACGAUUGAGACAUGCGAAACCAUCGCUUCCACAGAAAGGCUAUCGGAAUAAUCAUAAACAAAGUUCUGCUAGUGGAAUUAACGACACGAGUGUGCGAACUAGCUUGAUUAACCAUUUCGGUGACGAAUCUGAUGAAGAUCUAAUUUCAUCUACCUGUGGUGACCUAGAUUUGACGGGUGGCAGCGGUGGAAGUGGGAUACAAAUAACGCCCACACUGAAUAACUCUGUUCCGACGCACACUCCGACCAUUAGGAUAUUGAAUUCGACGCCACUGAAUCACAAUCAUGCUGGAUCGAGACUGCGGUUUAGAAAUCAUACGAUAGACACACCGUUCGCUAAUGGAGGUUCCGACGAGGAUCUUUCUUUUACGAUAGACUAUAUCAACAAGAGUCAGCGAAUGGAUGAACAAAACACCCGAUUGUUGCACAGUUCCCCUUGCGGCAGUGAUUCAUCCUUUCUAACCAAAAAGAAAUUAUUCUUCAAAUCCGACGAUUCAGACUGACUGCUACCAGCUGCAGCUGGUACUGGCAAAUCUUGCCUCCUGUCGUUGGUCGGUUGCUAGUUGGUUUGGGAGUGGAGUUCUAUAUCGCUGUGCCGGGUGUGGUUAGAGAUAUUUAUGCUAAUAGUUUCUAAAAUCGCGACUGAUAUUGCACUAAUUUGAUUUCAUUCAUUUCGCUCAAGUACACCCAAGUGAUUUAAAUAUUACUAUUCCGGUCAGUCUGGAGAUAAGUGACUUUAAAGAACACAAUAACAUGUGAUAUCUAAAAGAUUAGUUUGUAGUUUUGUGUGAAAUUUUGACAGGCAUUUUGCUUUAGCCUGAGAUAUAGAUUUGUAUACUAUGUUUGUUGAAAAUGUAUUGCUUUGAAAUGAUAGUGUUUAUUCAAAAUUGAAUAGAAUUCCGAUCGAUUCCUUAAUAUUUAAACUAACCAAAAAUAUACUGGCAUUUUACAUUGAAGAGAGUAUUGCUAAUAGAUAUAUAAUAUCGCUCUAGA